AUGCGCCUGGCGGAGGUCGGUGUAUGCGUCUGGCUGUAUGCGGUCGAGCUCGGCACGGGCACGGCGAAGGCAGCUCGUGUGCGCAUCGUCAGCGCGUCAGCACCCGUCUGGACGUCGGAAUGGAGCCGGUCCCGAUCUCGCACGAUCUGGGGGAUAGCGGGCAGCGGCUGUGCCUUCAGAGAGCGAAUGGGCGACCCCGCGCUUCCCCGCGCUCUGGGACGCGCACGGACGUGCCGUCAUCCGGCCGAAGGCUCUGAAAGCUCGCUCCUCCGUCAUAAACUACCAACGAUCGGACACCUUACGACGUUCACGGCGGACCCGCCUGAAUCACGGACGUUCGCCCGCCAAGGCGAACUCCCAAAACUCCCCAUACCGUCACUCGAAGAGACGUGCCGACGAUACCUCCGCGCGCUCGAAGGUCUGCAAGACAAGCGAGAACAUGAGGAUACGAAGCGUGCGGUCGAGGAGUUCCUGCACAACGAAGGCCCGCGCAUACAAGAGAAACUGAAGGAGUAUGCGAAGGACAAGGCAAGCUACAUCGAAGAGUUCUGGUACGAAUCAUACCUCUCGCACUCCGACCCCGUGGUCCUUGCUCUCAAUCCGUUCUUUGUGCUUGAGAACGAUCCAACCCCCGAUCGCGGCCAACAGCUCCCUCGCGCCUCGUCUCUCAUCGUCUCCUCCCUCGGCUUCAUCCAUGACCUCCGCGCGGGGAUGCUCCAGCCCGACACUGUUCGCGGCGCCCCGCUCGACAUGGACCAGUACUUGCGCCUCUUUGGUACCGCCCGCAUUCCCACCGAGCGCGGCUGCAAGAUGGAGACCCACCCGGAGUCGAGGCACAUCAUCGUCCUCCGCCGCGGCCAGUUCUAUUGGUUUGACGUCCUCGACGCCGAGAACCGGCCGCUACUCACCGAGCGUGAGAUCCUCCGGAACCUGCAGGCAAUUGUGUCUGACGCCGAUCAGCUGCCAAUCCACGAGGUUGCGCGCAACGCCAUAGGAGUGCUCUCGACAGAGAACCGCAAGAUCUGGUCGAGCCUGCGGAAAGCCCUCAUCAGCAACCGCAACAACGAGUCGUGUCUCGAGGUCGUGGAUAAUGCGCUGUUCGUCGUGUGCCUGGACGACGCGGCCCCGGAGAACCUGGCGCAGCUGUGCGACAACUUCCUCUGCGGGACGUACGACCUCAAGGGCAGUACCCAGAUAGGUACCUGUACCAACCGGUGGUAUGAUAAGCUUCAAAUCAUCGUCUGCGCAGACGGGGCUGCCGGUAUCAACUUCGAACACACCGGAGUCGACGGUCAUACCGUCCUCCGGUUCGCUGCAGAUAUCUUCACAGAAGGCCUCAUGCUCCUCGCGCGUUCCAUCAACCCCUCCGCGCCCACCCUCUUCCACGCCCAGCUCUCUCCCUACGCCCGCUCCUACCGCCCCCCACGCGGACACUCGAGUGGACGCUCUACCCGAGCUGCGCGCCGGGAUCCGCUUCGCCGAGACGCGCUCUCGGACCUCAUCUGCCAGAACGACUGCCAGGCGCUCGAGUUCAAGGCGUACGGCAAGAACUUCAUCACCGCGAACGGCUUCUCGCCCGACGCGUUCGUGCAGAUGGCCUUCCAGGCGGCGUACUACGGCCUCUACGGCCGCACCGAGUGCACGUACGAGCCCGCGAUGACCAAGGCCUUCCUCCACGGGCGCACGGAGGCGAUCCGGACGGUGCAGCCGCACACCGUCGACUUCAUCCGGACCUUCUUCUCCGAGGCGCCGAACCAGCAGAAGGUCGCGUCCCUCCGCAAGGCGUGCCAGGGCCAGGUCGAGCUCACGAAGGAGUGCAGCAAGGGCCUCGGCAGGACCGGUGCGCACCUGUACGCGCUCUACUGCCUGCUCCAGCGCGAGCGCGAGGCCGCGGCGCGCGAGGCCGCGGUCGAGGAGGAGGGGCGGCCGACGAGCCCGGCGAGCUCCGCGUCGAGCGGCGAGCGCGAGAAGGUCGCGCUCCCCGCGAUCUUCACCGACAACGGCUGGCUCGUCCUCAACCGCUCGAUCCUGUCCACCUCGAACUGCGGGAACCCGGCGCUGCGCCUGUUCGGCUUCGGGCCCGUCGCCGCGGACGGGUACGGGAUCGGGUACAUCAUCAAGGACGAGGGGAUCUCAGUAUGCGCGUCCUCGAAGCACCUCCAGACCCGCCGCUUCUUGGACACCCUCCAGGGAUACCUGCUCGACAUCCAGCGCAUCCUCAUCCAGCUGCACCUCGCCGCCAACCAGCGCGCGGAGCCGUUCAUCGACCACGCCGGCGUCCUCCGCGACUCGAAGACCGGGCGGCCCAUCAACGGCCUCCACGGCCGGGAAGACGCCUCGGGCGAAGGCGAGGCGUACGACGACAUGAUGCCCGGCUACUCGUUCUUCGACAGCAGCGAGGUCGCGAUGCUCGGCCGCCGCAAGACCCGGCCUUCGUUCUACAACACGGGCAAGAUCAUCCCCAUCGCCGAGUACUAG